AUGCCGCCGGCGGCCGGCAAGACCUUCCAGAACUUCAUCCACUCGAGCGUUCUCAUGGGCAGCUCAAAGCACCUCGUCGGCAAGCAUCCCGCCUGGUUCGCUGCGCCGCUCCUUCCCUACCGGUACCACCGCCGGCUUCUCAGGGAGUACCUGCACCUCAUCUCCCCGAGCUCACUCACCACUGCGGAUGCCCAGGUCUCCUCCAGGGUGCCCCUUCCUGGGUUGAGAUUAUGUCAUGUGCGCGCGUACUCUCCAACUAGUCUCGCGAGGGCCGGUACUCUCUAGCAUGUUUUGAGUCUGAUUUCCUUGUAUUUAUGUGUGCUAUGUCUUUCUGGAAAGUCUCCCUACGCUGUAUUCCUUUUUUUUUUUUUGAUUAUUUUUUAUGUUCCAGUUCUGCCGGGCACCUUAGAGGAAGCGAAAACUAACGCCAUGCAACUCGAGAUACUGAGGAAGAAGCUGGAAGAACAAGGGAUUUCCUGUGGUUCUUGCAAGCCUGGACAGUACACACGUAUGCUAUGCCCCAAGGUAUCUUCUCUCUCUUGGGAUGACGUGACGGGUGUAUUUAUUUCCGUUUGCCGUAUCCAUAGAUGUUUCAUGUUGAUAUUAUUUUCUUGACGUGAGGGAGAAUCUCUCAAAACAUUUUUCAUUUGUUCCUUUUCUUUCUGUGUGAGUAAGGGGUGGGGGUAAGGGGGAGGGGGGACAGGGUUGCACAGCAGCUUCCCAAGGUAGCUGUGAUCAAUCGCACAAAUAGGGGCCAACCAGGCUUGGAGCUGGCUAGCUUCCAAGGGGCCUGCCACUGGGUCCCCUGAUGCCACUGGCAACUCUCUCCAAUGGAGGGUCUAUGUCUCCCAAAUUUUGAGCAAUGCACCUCGUAUAUGUCUGAAAUUUCUUGUUCUUUUGUUAGCUGCUAUGUUUCUGCGAACUUUUUUCAUCAAUAUUUAAUGAGUCAAUGUUGCUGAAAACAUAUCUAGGAAGUUUGGCGGGAAUAUACUUUCAUGUCAAAUAAAAACUCCUAUUAAAUUAGAAUUUUUCUACUGUAAGUUUUCAUGUUGGUGACUGCUCAUGCAUUUUUUUCCAUGUGGUGGGAUAUGUCUACUAUGAAGGGCUGUUUAAAAAUAGUCAGAUAUCCGAUGAAUAGGCCUUUACAUGCAAGCUAUCCAAUAGAUGUGAACCGAAACCAGUGAUCCACAGGAAGCCCGUUUCAAUGAGGAUUUUUGUGGAAGAAAAAUGAAAAGAAGUUCUACCUUACCAACUUACGUCUAGGAUACCAUGGUGUAUAGAUCAUUAGGAGAUGCAAUUAUUGCUACAAAUAUGGGGAUCUUUAGAAAGUCAUAAGAUUUUCAGUUCCAUCUUUCAGGCUGAUUAUAACGGCUAAUUGAGCUAUUUAGAUUCCAUCUGCCUCUGUUUCUUGGAAUCCCAUUUGAUGUUCCAGGCCCUUUGCUACUGGUUUUUACGCACUAUGUACAAUCUGCGUUUCUUUUAAGAUAAUGGUGGUCCUCUAUCUCCUUAAGUCAAAGUUUUAUGACUUUCAUGAGUUCUACACUUCAAAAAAUAAGAAAUACACAUAAGCCUGAACUCAAAUGAUCCUUAACCAGGUGAAUACAAUAAUUAAAAUCUUUUCUGAUCAAUAACUUUCAAUGCAUAACUGAUUCUCAUCUAAAUGGGAAUAAUAAAUAUCAGAAAUGAAAAAUACCAAUUUGGCUUCUUGUUCGCUACAACUGGUUGAUGGCACGUGAUGUCACUGAGCUGUUCUAGUUUAACUAUCGAAAUUCGUCCUUAUUUGCACAUUAUAUAGAAUUUCAUCUAGAGAUUAGUGUGAUGAACAAUAUCUGUUCCCUAACAUCUGUUGCUACGGCUGUAACCACCUCUUUCUUACUUACAGUGUUGUUAAACGUUGCACAGCAUACAUGACAGAACCUUCUUUUAUAUUAAUCAGCUUUCAAAACUUUGACAUGGUUUAAUUUUGAGUGUUAUUCUUGAGGAAGAAUUUCUUACUAGUUAAUUCGUUUAUUAAUCUUUCUAUAGUGUCGUGGAGGUGACUCAAAGGAAAGGAGCUUCUCUCUUUUCAUUCGUGAAGAUGGGUGAGUUGCUUAAAUCUUUGUGUGUCAUUACUGAUGACCGUCGAUAUUCGUUCUCUUCACAGUAGUGAAUACUUUCGAAUUUUACAGGCAGUUGGCCAUGUGGUCAUGCUUUAGAGGUAAAUGUGGAUGGAGGGGACAUUUGCAGGUAAAAGUACCAUAUACGUCGUUGGGAUCCAAGGCCAUUGAAUUGCUCUUGCAUGAUUUGUAAAUUUAUCCAGUAGUGUAUUUGUAGGUAUCAGAAGAUGGCAAGGGAUAUGAUGCCCGCAGUGGUCAUAGUGGAAAUGCUCCUACCUAUAGACAAAUUUCGGAGGAAGAUCUUCAGUUAGAGGACUUGUGUAGUGAGGUAAGUAGUUAUGUUGCUACUCUUGAUCAUUUAUAGUUCUUUAUGUUUAUGCUACACUCAUCUACUCUCUGUUUUCAGUAUUUCUAGAUUUUUCAUCCCAUGACUAUGAGAACCAUGUGUUCUGUACGAUUGUGUCAAAUUACGUCAAUCUUCCUCAUCUUGGAAUAGUGCCUUUAUGGUCUGUUGCGAUGGUAGAGCUUAGAUGUGGCAUAAAUCUCGAGUAACGCCUUAGGGGAAUAUAGUUUGGCACAUGCAUUUUUUUAAAUUGAAAAUGGAUAACGCAGCAACCUCACUAGAUCUGUAAGUGGAAUUUCAUUGUGUUUUAAAUGAUCCCCUGCAAAAGAUAUCUUUCAAUGAAGUCUACUUUGCUUACUAGUACGUAAUAAACAGUUGGUUGCACUUUCAAGGCGCGCUAGGUGCAGUUUGUUACAGUCCAAGUGAUUAUCUCAUAUACAGCUUAAGGUUAAAAACCGCAGUAGAGGCAGAAUUUGUGUAAAAUUUGUUCUGGAGAGUAGGAGACAGAGGGAAAAGGAGUAUCAGGGGACGAUCUUCACCUUUUUCCCACAGGGAAUGAUCUUUGCUCUGAAGACACAAGGUCAAACAUCCUAAUAUUAGAGUGUUCUACCAACUCUAUUUUAGUAUUGAUGUAUUGGACCAGCAUUCCUUACCAACCCUGAUUUACUCCGGCUGGCUCGAAGACUAGCUGGACCAACCCUUUUAAAGGGCUUGCUUUUACAGCUUCAAUUUGAUGUCUGAGAAGGGAAAGGGCAGAAGGAUUCAGGAUGCUGACUCCAGUACGCCAGCAACAAAUAUUAUUUUCAUAGGUUGGAAUUUUCUUCCGGUGAUAGUAAAGUUGGUUGUCGUUGUGAACGGGAAAAAAGGUGCUGUGUCAGGGUCAUUAAUUAUUUUAUCUUUAUGAACGGGAAAUAUUUUACCUAUGUGAUGAUAGGGUGGGGUUGGGUUGGGUUGGGUUGGGUUGUUGUUGUGAUUGUCAUGCUGAGAUUUUAAGCAGUUUGAGUGCAGGGAUCACAUGGAAGGGUUUCUGACAUCCUCCCUACACCCAUAAUAUUUUGUUUCGAUGUCUUUUUUUUUACACAAGGAGUCCUGGAAAGAAAUACACGACCAUUAGGCGUUUAACAGGAUAUCUGAAAAAGUUCAUUUUGUUGUAUCGUUCUAUGAACCUAUCAGAGUUUUCUCAGCAACCGACUGGUCACAGUCCCAGAAUCAGCAUAGUGAAAUGGCAAAAAACUCUUCUGUUUUGAUUUGUUGAAAUUAAAUUGGCAGUUGACAAAUUGCCGAUUUAGGCCAUAAUUAAUUUCCUCUUGAACCCUAUCUCUGAGGGUAGGGUUUUAAUAGCCUGUAGCUCUGGGUUUAUUAUUUUGCGAAAGGUAGACAACCUCACUCUAUUCAAUGAAAUUCCAGCUUUUAAUGGAAGAACGUGAUGAGUGCACCAAAGACCAAAUUCGGGAAAACUACCCAUUAUUCCUUGUCUAUAUGGGCUAUCUUUUAUGAUUAAUGUUAUUUUUCGUGCAACUAUUAGUAUCUAUUAUCUUCUGUCUGGAUCAACUGCAUGGGAAUGUCUUGAUAAUGUUUGCAGUUGAAUCUAUCUUCAUGAGUUGCCAAGUUUGCUUGACUUUGUUAUUUUCUUAUUCUGAAUCUAUUGUUACAGAUUAUUGCUUGGUUUUCGGAGAGAAUGAUAUCUGCUGAAACCUUGCGUAGAAAUGAUGUCAUGCAGCGCAAAUACCAUAAUGAGGUCAGGGUUACUGCUUGAAUCUUUUCAUAUAUGAUGAUGAUUACUGCUGGACUCAUCUAAUUUUCGUUAACAGAUUGUCAUUGCUUUUACUUACAAACGAAAUGGAACGCUUGUCAAUUGCAAGUAUCGUGGCAACAACAAAAGAUUUUUUCAGGUUUAUUUUUUUGUUUUCAUUAACAUCUAGUGGAAGUUUACUUGUGAUCAUGAGAUUCCGGCUUCUCUUUAAGAACAAUGUUUUGAUUUAAGUCUCUAUGUUCUACAUUUUUCGAGGAUGACCUUUAAACUAGAUUUGUUUUCCUUCUUUGAACAGGAAAAGAAUACAGAAAGAAUAUUCUAUGGACUCGAUGACAUAAAGCAAGCUACAGAUAUUAUUAUUGUAAUCCCUCUCUUACUUUUAUUGUAUCUUCAUGUUGCCUUUUAGAAAUCUGCUUCCUGUUUUUGACUUUUGCCAAUGUAAAACAGGUGGAGGGUGAAAUAGAUAAGCUCUCAUUGGAAGAGGCUGGUUUUCGUAACUGUGUUAGUGUACCUGAUGGUGCUCCCGCCCAAGUAUCCAAGAAUUUACCUGAAGAAAGAGAGGUUAGUUUGAAAACUUUUUGAGGCUAGUUUGAAACUAGCUAGCAAAAAAACAUCUAUUUUGUUUCUAGCUAUUUAUUUCAAUAUUUUAUACUGGUUACUGGAAUAAUAGUGAUUGAAAAUGCUUUGAUCCCCCUCUUCAUCUCUGUUGUCUGCACUUCUAUUGCUGAUAAUUUCUACCUUGUACCUGACAAUUCUUGUGUUGAUGACUUUUUCUGUAUUUGAAAUAUUUCACCUCUAUCCUUAAAUGGAGGUACCAUCAAUGUAGAAAAGGUUUUAUCUCCUCCCUAGUACCUUUUGUGCUGUCAAUUUCAUGAAUAGAAGAGUUUUUAUGCCCACUAAAAGACUCUUAUCCUUGAAACGAUACGUGUAUCAUAAAUGUUCGUUCCAGAACGAGGAGUAGGAAAGUGCACAACAUUAAUCUCAAUCACUUGAGACGUACUUUAGUCUACUAGAGGAAAUUGUACCAGACAUUCCCAGCAGUGGAACGGCACCUGCCAUGUUCCUCAUUAAAUAGGCUAGUAUCAAAGUCACUUGUGCACGCAUAAUGUCAUUUUUCCUUUUAAUUUUAUUUUGAAGGUUUUCACAAAACUCUGUAAUAAUAGGAAAUGAAAUAAUUGAGAGAAGAACAUGGAAAGAGAAAAAGCAGGAAUAACAAAAAGAUAUAGAAAAAAAUUAAGAAAACCUUUCAGCAUCGAACAAGACAUUGAUGAAGAAGAAGAAAAAGAAAACUAAAAGGUUCAGUGGGCAAGCUUGAAAGGCAUCUCCCAUUUCACUGGCCUUGACCAACUGGAUACAUACUGCUGUGUUGAUCUUAUGCCGUAUGCCAGUGAACUUCCCUUGCAUUGUUUCACUAUUGUUUUCAAAUCAUGUUGCUGACAGGAUAGCUGGUGAAGAUAAUCUUCCACCACCCGAGAUCAACUGCGAGAGUGUAUUCAAAAUGCCACUGUCUAGAAGUUUGUUAGUUUCUGUAAUUACUGGCUCGUCAUUGGACUACUUUAUAAAAUUUUCUGUAAUCUCUCAUUCUAUGAAGAGUUGAUCAAUGAUCUCUUAGACUAAACACUUGCUUUUGACAUUAAAUCUUGAGAGAGAGAAGAUGUCACAACUGGGUAGUCUCUUCUUCAUCAAUUUCAUAGAAAUCUUUGUAUUUUUUAUCAAAGUUUAUUCGUCAAACCAUUUUCCACCACCAAUUUCUGCAUCCUUCGUCCUCAUAACUGUUUACAAUUGACUUAACAGUGAACACGUGUUUAGUGUUCCUUUUUCUGUUCUUCAGUGGUCUCGAAUGGUGUUCCUUCAAAAUCGCUUCCUUGGGUACCAUCCAGUUAUCGUCCAUUACUCAUCUUUAAUGAACUCCACGAAUGUUUUUUCUUACGUAUUUCCUGUUUCUGAAAAUGCUGCUGCGUUUUUUCUUUCUUUCUUGGGGAAUAGUGUAGGAAAACCUCUUUUUAAACACUUCCUAUGCCCAAGAUCCAUGUACUCCAGAUAUAUUUUUAUUGAUAUGGCUAUUUUUUAAGUUAAACUUGAUUUUUUUUUUUUGUUGUUGGAAGAAGAUAAGUUUUAUAUCAGAUAAGUUAAACCUGGAGGCUUAUGAGCGUUAUUGCUUACUGCCAGCCAUUAUUUCUUACAUGAGACAUUAGUCCAAAGAAAUGUGAGACUAGGUGCAGAAAUUUGGGUGCUUCAAAUGAUACAGUAGUGAGUCAUCUGAGUCUAGUCAUUCUCUUAUCUUAGAGGCUCCUUUGAUUUCCUGUGUUUGAGACAUUCUUAGAACUACUAAAGGUUGUUAGUAUCCUAUAAUUUUUUAUAGGUUUUUGUUUCAUUUAGAACUCUUAAAAUAUGUUAUCUUUUUAGUUCAUGCGAGUUUUGCGUAGUUUGUGAACUCUUGUGUAGUUUGUGAGUAUCGCUAGACUUAAUUUUUACUUAUUAACUACUUAAUAUCCUUGUGAGGGUCUAAAAAGUCAGAAUUCGUUUCAUUCGGCAUGACUCAGAUGUCGAAAUCAGGCAAUUGGACUGAAGGCUACCUUGAGAUGUAGAUGGUGGGUGAAAGCAUGCGUCUCGGUCCAUUGACAAUAAGAUUCGGUCCAUUGACAAUAAGAUAGAGCGAGCUUGAUGUCAUAGUGGAGUUUUCUUGGGAGAGGUUAGUGCCAAAUUGUUGUUAGGUUGAAGCCCAAGUAUCGGAUUCAGCUCUAUGGCUUACAAUAAUUGUGGAUUUUCCAAACUAAUCUUAUGUUCUUCUCAUUUUAUUUUUACAAUUGGAAUUUCCCAAUUAAUGUUGGGUUCAGUACCCCAUUAGAAUUCGCUGACAAUUCUUGGCUUCUUCCUUCACAUUUUUGUCUGCUUUGAAGCUUCUUUUUCUAAUUAUUCUCACUCUGGUUCUUGUAUUGGGGGAAGUGGGAUCUCUCUAUGUAAACUUCUAGGAGGUCCUGUAAAUAAUUUGCAAACGCCCGGGUAUAACAUUUUAAUUGGGGGCAUUUAUGUAUGUGGGCCAAUGUCUUCCCAAAUAUAUUGUCGGGGGACUGCUCAGUGGAGCUUGAUCGUUAUUUUUAAUUUGGACGCAAUUCCAUCUCUCCUUAGUACUGGAUAGAGAGAUUAAAAUGUAUAGGCUUCCUGAAGUAUAUCCGUCUGUAUUUCUAUCUGACAAUUAUUUACUAUUGUCCAUACUCUAGGACACAAAAUAUCAAUAUCUGUGGAACUGCAAGGAAUACUUGGAAAAGGUAUCAUGCUGUAUUCGACAAAAUCUAGAUAUAAUGCAUUAGAAAUUCUCGCAAAAUCUCUUUUAAGUUAUGUUGUGAACUAUUUUCCCUAGGCUUCACGUAUUAUACUAGCAACAGAUUCUGAUAAGCCUGGCCAAGCAUUAGCUGAGGAGCUUGCUCGCCGUUUGGGUAAAGAAAGGUUAAUUUUUCCAUUCAAUUUCUCAUUUUUCCUGAAGUUUUGGCGGAAAGAAUAUUUCCUUGAGUUCUUCUCCUGUGCCGGUGAACUUCUGAUUUCUGCUGACAAUAGUUCCUUUUUAUUCCACUCAGGUGCUGGAGAGUUACUUGGCCAAAGAAAAAUAAUGUUGAAGUUUUCAAGGAUGCGAAUGAGGUGCUUUCCAUAGUGGAAUGAUUCUCUUUCUCGCAACCGGUUUAUAGGAGUAUAAUAUGCAUUGCCAUUUAAGUGAAAUGAAUAUCAAUAGAAUGCUGACCUUUUGGCAUAGAGCCCUUGAAAGGAUUGUAUGUACAAUAUCUUCUCGACAUUUUAGUAUAAAGCUCUCUAAAGAGUACCGUCUGUCUGAUAAUAGUACCUAAUGUUGGAUGUGCCGUUUUAGUGGGAUUUGAAUUCUCUAUGUUGCUUACAACAUGGGUGGUACCACUCAGUACGUAUGCCUAGAGGCCAUAAAAUAUUUUUAUGCUCUCAAUCAAUGAUAUUUCGAAUUUUUUAUGUUAGUAUAAUUUUUUAUGAGAUUAUAUCCCAACGUUCGCUAUUGUUUUGAUGCUGUGGAUAACUUGCAUCCUCUGAGAGCAUUAUGCGGUGAUAUGUACAUUUGAUUGUUUUUUGGCUGAACAGUGAAAACAACCAGAUUUAUCAUCCUAGGUAUGCAUCUGUUAUUUCUAUAUUCUGAAAUGUCGUAUUCUGUUUUGAGUCUUAGCACAAACUUGAAAGUGUAGUGGGCUGGGAAAUGAAAUGGUUCUGCUAUCCUGAAACUAACAUAUAAAAUAAUCUGCUGUUGAUAGUGCGGUUGGAUCUUCAGUUUCAAAAUAACACUUUUGCAUCUUGAAUAUAUUACUUACCUUUCAGCAGGUAGCAAUUGAUGUAUCCCUUUGCCAUUGCAAAAUUAGGCCAUUAUGUCAUGAUAGCUGGUGUUCACUAGCCAAAUUUUAAUAUUUCCAGUUCCCCAAAUAAAAAGAGAUCUUCCUAGACCUUGUUGUGGAAUCAUGCUAAUUGUUCAGAAAGAUACUGGCACUACAAUUUUUUGAUUAAUUAUUGACAACAAAGGACUACCAAAUUGUGGAAUCAUGCUAAUUGUAGGAGGCCACCAGCAAUGAUUGCAGCAGUCACUCAUGAUCAAAGAAGAGUGUGGUGUGGGAUCGACCCCCCUGGCUGUGGCCAAUAUCAAAUUGGAACAUAAAGAAAACGUUGUUCACUUACUCAUGGAAGGCAACACAUGUGCAUGCUUUCCGUCUUGUGAUUAAUCUCAUGGGGAUGCAGAGCCUCAAAGUCAACUUGAGCCAACCUCUCUUUGUGUAGGCUUUUCAAGAGUUUCCAUUUACUCUUUCAAAGGGUAUGAAAGAGUGCACAGAAUAUCUAGAACCUGAAUGUCUGUUGAUCACAUGUGUUGCUGUCUAAUGGAUUCUUUGUCUCGGAGUUGUCUCCACCACCUUCUCUUUCAAAAGCUGUGAAAGUUAUUUUGGGUACAUAAACUAGGUGAUCAGAUGAGACCGACAAAAAAAAUAAAAUCUUGGAUCAAUACAUAAGAUGUACUUUAAGGUUGGACGCGAGAUAUGAAUAUAUCCAUCAUCAACUUAUGUUUGUUUCACCAGUGUGGUAUUGCGGACUCAUCCAAUCAGCUAGGAAUAGUCCAGGAGACAAGUUUGUGUAAAAGGUGCAUGUCUUGGCUAACUUGAGGGGGUAUGAUGAUAUGUUUAUUCGUCACUUGGGUGCUUGUUGGAAUACUUGCUCCACAAAGACCUUAGAUUUAUAUGGAACUGCAAUUGAAACUUCCUAAAAGUUGAUAAUUAAGUAAAGUCAUUUAUAAAAAAUAUGGUAAGUAUUUUACCGGAUGGAUUUAAAAAUGGAGAAAGGUUCACAUCCAAUUUUUUAGGAUAACAUGUUUUGUUUCAUCUUUAUGCCAAACAGUCUGUUGUGAUCUACUGGAAAAGUUAUCCUUAAUGGCAUUAAAUAUUUGAUCAGCUUACAAAAGAGAAAAUAUGGUUAUAAACUCCAUUAGAGUUAGUAAAUAACAUUAUCAAAGCAUUAAAAAUAUAUUAUCUGAAAAAUCAUUGUCAUCAAAUAUGGUCGAAACCUUGCUCUAAUAAUUUUUGCUUUUAGAGGGUAAACGGCCUUCAUAUGUUCUGAAUAUGAUCUUAUUUUGAUAUUGGUAGUCCUUUGUUGUCAAUAACUAAUCAAUUACAUUCGAUUGAAUAAAUUUGUGAUAUAAUUUGGACGAUUUACUAUGUGAAUUCUAGCAAUCUGUCAAAGUUAUUGGGCUGUCAAAUUCAGAAUCAGUUAAAAUUGAGUGUAACAGUCCAUCUUUAAUGGCUACUUUAAUUGCUACGAAUACCAUACUACUCGUAAUCCGCCCCUUUAUGUGCAAACCAACUUUUGGGCCUUAUCACGUACACAGUAUAGAUGGGGUGCACGAAGCUCAAAUGCAAACAUUGGGUCUGGUAUCAUAUUAAAACUACCGGGCAAUCUAACUUAAGACGAAUUAGCGAGUGAAUAGUCCCAUAUUUGUGGUCGCAAGCUUAGUUUUAUGGUAAUCAGCACAGGACUGUUCUUACCGUAGACCAUGAUUUUCUUUUUUAUAAUUAAUAAUUAGGCUUCCUUUUGUUGCCAUGCAUCGCAUGCCAUUUCUUUCCUUAUUAUGAUCACCUGAUGAGCUACAGUCAAUAGGUCCUUAAUUAAUUGCACACAACAUCUGUGCUGUUACUUUUAUGGACGAGGUGAAUGAGGAAUCAAAUUUCUUUCUUCACUUUUCUACUACGUCUUCAAAAUUAAUGCAAUAUACCUCUAAUUUAAUGCCCUAGUGUAGCUGAUUUAACUGUAAUUUUGUUGCUAGAAAAUUAUCUUUUGCCGCUGAAUUUAAUCAUUCCAUGAGAGCUCAGUUUCACAAUGAAACUAUCUUUUUCUUGAUGAUGUGCAGUUCUGUCGGUAUAAACAUUGAUUCAUCUUCCAGUUUGUUGACAUUGAGACUAAUAUGGUGUAUGGGUUGCUUUUAUGUGCAUAAUAAUGUAAAACUAUUAAUUCUUUCACAUUCUAGUGGGAUAUAUGUGAGAAGCGAUUUUUACUGAAUUAUUAUGAUGAAUACCAGACGGAGAUUCUCUUAUAAGUUUCUGAGCUAUUCAUGCAUUUUUUAAAGUGCAAUUUUAGUACCAAAAAAAGAGCCCGGCUGUCUUCAAUCAGAAUCUUUAUUCGACAAGUCAUUUUAUUUGCACCUGAAGUUGUAUAAGGUAGCUUAUAUGAUUGUGCUGUUAUUUUUUAUUUGAUUCCUUUGCUUAUGCCUACAAUUUUUCUGUCAUGAACUUUUUUCUAUUCUUCUUUCAGGUGCUUAUGUGCUUGGGGGCGGAUGCUGUGAGGAGAGCAAUUGAAGAUGCUGAGCUUUAUCCAAUUAAGGGUCUUUUCAGAUUCAGUAGUUACUUUCAUGAAAUUGAUUCUUACUAUAAUUUAAGCCAUGGCAACGAACUUGGUGUCACCACUGGAUGGAGCGGAGUAGACGAAUUUUACAGGGUAAGCACAUUCAUGCAUGAUUUCUUUUCAUUAAUUGGUCGGAAAGGUGUUUUAUUUACCAGAUUUUAUGAAAAGGUUAGACAGCCCCGUCUUAUGUUCUUGCAGUUUUCAGUAAACAUCCCUUUUUCUUGGCUUUUUAUUGAUAUGGUUGAUUUGCAUUAUUAUUCCUUCGGCUUCACGAUGCUCAUGCCGUUUCUAUGUGAAUGUGUAUUUGUGGUCCUGCAUUCUCAUUAUUGCAUUCACUGUUGUAAUAGAAAUGGUUUUGUCUCGACGGGAAUCCUUGUCUUGAAUGAGUGAUUCUUUAAUGAAGUUUCAUUGUACGGUCUUGCAUCCAUAGUUGGAUUUGUUGGUUGCAAACCAAACUGAUUUGCGUUAUUUAGGUUCUAACUGCAUGUCUGUGGAUGAAACUUUCCUCAUAAAGUUAUACAAUGCCUUUUCCUCGAAAUAAUAGCCAAGGAUCUCUAUGUGCAUUUUGGAACUGACACCAGGCCCCUAACUGCGGUCCCCUUUUCUCUUUUCAUUUCGUUGUCAGUGAACCAGUGGAUGUUGGUGCUCUUCGCUUUUCUUGAGCGCUGGUUUACUAACCAUAGUUCUUGGAGGACGGAUCUGCUAUGCCUAGUAUGAUUCUCUUUAGAUUUGUGCUCCAGAGGUUUCCUUGAACGGGGUACAUAAUGUUUCUGUUACAUAAGAAUGUGCACCACUUUCAUUCUCACCAUGGUCGUUUCUUGAUGGUGAGAUAAGACCAAGCUUAUGAGCUUAUUAUCCUAGGUCGGACCAACGGUUUUAGCGAAAUGUGACAAAAGGAAGGAAAAUCCAUGGACCGACCACAUCGUCUCCACUUUGUGGGAACUAUGAGAUCAUCCCAAGGAUGCCUUUGGCAUCCAGGGGUCCAUGUUCACUGAAAACAUUUUAAAAUACUUCUCCAAGAACAUGGGGAAUUUCUAAAAGUAUAUUUUCUCCCUACUACAAACAAGGAGCAUUUCUUGCUGUAAGGGUGACUGCUAUAUUUCCCCUCCAGUUGCUACAUCCUCGUCAUCUGGGGAUCAGGGUCGGCAAUGCACUUGUCAAUGUCCACACUCGAUGGAGGCACACGGCUGGACUUGGUAAAUAAUGCAAUUAGGGAUUUCUUUUGCUGAUUUUGGUAGGUCAUUAGGUCCCAAGUCUAUCUUUGACCAUUUUUGCCCGUUUCUUGAAGUAUUUAAAAUCUAUUAAAGACACUGGGUAUCCCAACCAUUUGCAUUAUUUUUUAAUUGCAUUAAGGCCGAAAUUCCAGCCCAUUAGUUAUCGGAGCUGUUGGGAUUUUUCGGCCAGAUCUAAGAAUGCGCACCCUCUCAAAGGCCUCAUGUUUUUCCUAUGAAUAGAAGACUGAACUUCAGGCCCAGAAAAGAACCUUUUGAAUGAAAAUUUGGCUUCCAUCUCGUUCUCCACAAGGGUCUUGGAGGUCCUUUCCCGGUGUAAAAUCAGGGUUCCAAAGCAUGAAGCUGAGAAUUAGUUCGUCCUUGUUUGUUCCCUGGUUUCUUUUUGAGUUGUGGAAUCUUUAUAUCUCCAAGAGGAGGAUAGUUGGACUGUUUGCUCCAAGAUCGUCGGCUACAAGUCUUCGUCUACAGGAUCAAGGUAUAAUCAUUGUCAAUCCUAUUCUGGACCUCCCAUCUAAUUUGCCAUCAAAUAUCCCUUUUAUCUUGUUACACCUGUCCCUAAGUCCCCACCAGCCAUAUUCCUUAACACAUUAUAAACAAUUACCUUGGUCAAAGGAAGUUUCGAUGUUUCCUACGAUCUACUGGUUUUCAAAGCAAGGCACCUUGCUAGCGGCCCAACUACGAACAUAACCCUACAGUGACUACUCAAAAAGGUUAUUUAAUAAGUUGCCCAUCCUUCGUUGAAAUUGAAAUUUACAGACGACUACUUAAAUCAGUCACAUUCAUGGUGUAUCCUAUGUAAAGACGUCAUCGGUUAGCUUUGAGGUCUGGUCCUUUGAACGGACUCAAGUAAAGAAGAUUAGUGACCCAUCCUUAACUGGUGGUAUGAACUAUGAAAUAUAUGUAUAUAACUCAGCUCCUUCCACUCAGUUUCAGAAGAUGAUAGGGGUGUGAUCUCCCUCUCUCUCUCUGUCACAAUAUGUACAUAACUCAGCGUGCUUUUGUGCAUAAUCAACAGGUUUAGACAUUAUUGGGACUGUUAUUCAUACUUUAUAAUCUUUUAAAUUAAUGGUUAAAAUAUGCUAUUUAUGUAAAUUUGGACAUUAAUUGCUAAGUAGAUUAAUUAAAUAUUUGUCGUGACACCAACUUUCGUGUCUUGGUAUCAUUCCCAAGUGGGACGCCGUGGACAACAAGUUGAAAGAAUGUAUUCAAUUGUGCUACAACUUCCGUAUGGAAGGUCAUUAUCAAGUCCAAUCGCCAGUAAAAUAUUAUCAAGUAAUGACACAAGAAUCAAUCGCUUAAUAGGUGCAUUGUCUGUAAAUAAGGGAUAUGAGCCUUUAAAAGACAUGAACGCACCUAACAACUGGAAGUUAUGGAGGAAAGAGAAAAAAAUAUACCGUUGGGUUUGAUGAAGAUAAAAAAUCGGGGUGAAGCUAUUACACAUUGAGCUUAAGUGGGAUAUCUUAUCAAUUUUUCUACGAAACAUCAAUUUUUUUCCAUUUGUGAUCACUUAGCUUUGAUGCAUUCAUUUUUCACAGUUUAUAGUUGUGACCUAUUUUAUGAUAUCGAUGUGAAUAAUGUUGCCAGUUGUCACAUGUACUAUUUUGACGUCAGGUUUUUGAAGGUAACAUUAUUGAAAGAUAACUGUUAUCUAAUAACUGGAUUGUUUCAAUUUUGUUCGCUUUUUGUGUGUUAGUAAACAGUUUUGCUGAAUUUUGAUUCUAUAUUUUUAAAAUAGGAUGUUGGAGGCUAGUGUUUCGUUAGCACAUUCUCAUUGCAUUGUGCUUUACUCGGGAAUAGUUGUUCAGUUCAAGGGUUCUUAUUAAGAUUUGAAAAGUGGUUUUAUUGUAAAUGAUUGAGAUGCGUUUAGGUCCAUCUCAUGAAUGGUGUGCAUUUUUUUGUUAUUCAGUGUCGGAAGAGAGAGGAAAAGGAUCUUUGUAACAAGGGCACACGUUGUUUCCUUGGAAAGAAGAAUUUUUUAUUGAUAGUUAUAUUCAUUAAAAAAUAAUUUGCGUGUUUGUGGACUAGAUUAGUACAUAACCCUGUGAGAAAAUUUUUCAUAAGAUUUUUAAGUAGUUUAUGUAUGCUCGUAGAUUACUUACUGUCAUAAAUAUAUGAUUUUACUUGUAGCAGUUGUAAAUUAACAUAAAUUCCUGUUUUUUCAUCUUGCCCAGGCAACAUUGUUUGAAAUUAAUUGCUUUUUAGAAAGAUAUGGUCUAGUUAGCUAUAUUCGCCCUCAUUAUUUGUUGAUAUUUUUUCUGUUGCCAAGUAGGUUGUGCCUGGAGAACUAACUAUUGUCACUGGAGUUCCGAAUUCUGGAAAAAGCGAAUGGAUUGAUGCUUUACUUUGCAACCUUAACGAAGCUGCUGGAUGGACCUUUGCUCUUUGCUCUAUGGAAAACAAGGCAGGAUAUAUUUCCAAACAAAACUUCAGGAGGACCCGGGGGGGCGGGGGGGCGUGGUGUUUGAUGCUUGAUCGUGCUUGCUUUUGGUGUGCUUGUUUAGUGGACACUGUGGACACCCAAUUGCUAGAAUGAAUACGACUUCAUUAAAAUGUAAUUUAACCAUCUACCUUGUGCAUUCUCUUAGGUUCGGGAGCAUGCAAGGAAGCUGCUGGAGAAGCACAUCAAGAAACCUUUCUUCAAUGCUCGGUAAAUUUUAGGGUUAUAUAGGUUUUGAUUUUUUUUUUUUUUUGCUUGGUAGUUAAUUUCUUUUCCGGGUUGCUCAUUAUAUAGUUUUGCCCACUUGUUGUAAAGAUGUAUGUUUGUUUCCUUCUAUAAAAAUAUGCUUUCAGAAAGUAAGGAGGCCUUUCUUUAUAAAUGUCGGUUGUAGUUUCAACUUCCAGGUUACAUUCCAGGUUGUGGGCUUUUAUGUUCUGAGAACGAUCAAAAGUUGUGUUUUUUAGAUGUUGGAAAACGUUCCUCAAGUAAAUGGGGGAUCACAUUAGUAUUUAUUCUUUUUUCUUUUUCUACUGUCUUGGUGAUACUUCUGCUGACUUUUCUUGUAGCUCCUGUUUUAGCUGGUACUUUGUCAAUUCCAUUAUCUCUAAAAAUUGGUCAUCAGAGACUUGGUAACUCGACAAUGGAUCUUUCUAGAAGGUUACAUCAAAAAGUUCGUGUCAGUUAAAGAUGAAUGGGUUGCAUCUCGCUGAUCAUAUUUCUUGAUAAGACUCUUAAUCAACAAUGUAUUUUCUUCGAAGCCUUAAAUUAUGCUUCCAGGAUAAAUUGAUGCAACUGAGUCACAUAGUGCGGAUUGAUCUAUGUUGGAACGAGUUGUUGAAUAUUUCUGUAUAAUUCUGUAGAUAGGUUCAACAUUGAAGUGUGACGGGUAAAAUCUCGUGCAAAAAGUUGACCGGGAAGUUUGAUCUUCAGGACAAUUUUUUUAACAUUGUUUUAUGAGACCAAUAGUCAUCUGUAGGGAAGUGUCUAGAAGAGGACGGGAUGCAAAUGACAUGUGUAUCAGCUUGUUAGUUCGUGACAAUUGAUAGGCCCUCAAACCUGGUUGCCCACCUGAUGUUGAAUUUUCUUUGAUUGGUUAAUUCUUAAAGAUGAACUCUUUAUCUCUUCCCUUCAUCAGUCGCAGCUGUGUUGGAAAUAUUGUUUUUCUGUUGACUAAGCUUUGAUGGAAGCAUAAAGCGCAGCACAUGUGGAAAGAUGUUUGAAGUUGUUUGCCCUGUGUUACGAUUGUGAUUGAAUCAGCAGUUCAACUUUUCUUACACAUUCCACUUUUGUUGCUCUACGGGACAAAAGUAAAAAUCUUGUGAGUCUAUUUCAAAAAGUUGAUAAAUGAAAAAUUUAUGCCAUUUUUUUAGAACUUUCCAAAGACUCUUUAAUACUAGAUCCACCAAUUAUAGAAUCCAGUUGGAAUCUGUAAAGGCAGUGUCUCGUCCAUGAGAAUUCUUAGAUUACAUGACCGUAUCCUGCAUCUUCUUUUGGACAUCAACUUUCAAUUCUCAUUUUGGAAACAUUCAUCCAUGGGAAAAUGUUAGGCAUGUUUAGUGACUAAUUUAUAAUUUGGAAAGUGUCCGCUUUUGAAAUCAUUUAUUUUACUUAUUAUUUUAUAGGUUACCAUUAUUUGGGUGAAUGGGAUUCCGUAUGCUUGUUAAUUCAUUUUGGCCAGUCAUGACCCAGCUGAAUAUUUUUCUAUUAGCUGUAGGAGAGUAUGAGCUUGGUGCGAUUGGCAUUAAUCGGUAGACCUCAGUAACUAUCCUUCAGUUUCAUCCAUUGCUAUUUUUAGUACAAUUAGUGUAUUCCCAUCUAUUUUAACUAUAAGUUUUUUUUAUUUUCCGGACUAAUAUUAUCCUAAUUCGCACCUUGAUCUGCAAGCCAUCCCCUCCUUUUUGGCCACAUGAACCAUACAAAAAAGGUGGCUGCAGUCCAAGAAUCGAACCUGGGACUUUGGUGUCAUGUUUCAGUAAUCGGGUUGCCAAACACAAAGACAAAUGGCAAUGUGGAGGCUUUGAUCGCAGGUUCUGUUUGUUCAGCAAAGAUGGGACUAUUCCAACAUUAAUAAGUUAGGAAAGGGCUUCCAAAAUGUGACAUUGCUUAAACACAGAUUUUGAUAGAAUUAAGAGGACGUACACAAUGGUAAUGCAUUAACCUUGAUUCAGGCUUAAAUUGAAAAUGUGGUCCAACGGAGAUUACUUGAUGACCAUCCCCUUAAAGGUAUUUGUUGUUUUGUUCAAUAUAAUUGAAAUAUGAAUGAAAAAUAGGGGCGGGCAUGUAUCUUUUCCAGUUCUCCCUUUUUUUCAAGAUAUUUGCCAGAUCUGACUAUUUUUAAGAAAUAUGUCUAGCAGCUUUAGCUAUUUUUAAUUUCGAUACUUUUUAUUUGCCUCAUAGUACUCGGAAGAGUUGACUAUUUCAGAUUAAAUAUAACCCUAAUGUGUGGCUUCAUAGUGCUUAGAACAGGCGGUUAUGCCAAAUUAAAUAUAUUAAAAAAUAGUCUGCAAUCAGCGGCUCAUAUUGCCUGAAUGGAUGCCCCUUUUUCGUAGAUACGGAGCGUCAUUUGAGCGCAUGACGAUUGAAGAUUUGGAGCAAGGGAAAGAGUGGCUGGAUAAUACAUUCCAUUUGAUACGGUACGUUUAUCUUUGACAUUCAGGCUAGUUUUCUCUGACGAGAGAUAGUCUCCUCGCUGGUUGAAGAUAAAAAUAAUCUUGAAAAGUUUCAAUGAUUAUAAAUCUACUGUUUAUUGUACCUAUUUUCUUAUUUUUAAUUGGGGACAUUCAUUUUCUUUCUACUGCAGCGAUCUUUAAGGUUUGACGCUAUUGAUAUAUGCUAUUUUAUCAUCAUAGUCGUCGGCAUCUUCAUCAUACUUGUCAUCUUGAUAUGCUUCUUCUUUUUUGAUGAAACAGAUGUGAAGAUGAUUGUCUCCCUUCAAUCAACUGGGUGCUGAAUCUUGCUAAAGCUGCUGUUUUACGACAUGGGGUUCGUGGACUUGUGAUUGACCCAUAUAAUGAAUUGGACCAUCAGCGACAAUCAAAUCAGUGAGUUUUCUGGUGUCAUGCUCGGGCUUAUAAUUUUUAUUUCUUUCUUAGGCAUAAUAGCGGAUUUCUACUUCAAGGCCAUCAUAUUUUAACAUUUUUUCCAUGAAAAGGCCUCUUGCGCAUAAUUCCUUCAACCCUCACAAUGGACAAGCACAUUUUGUUGUCUUCUGAUAGCUCUGUGUUUGACAUCGUUAUGUCUUACUCUUGGGUGAUUAUUGUCCGAUUGUUAGUGAUCCCAUAUUUCAAAUAGCUCUUUUUUUAUCAAGUUAGAUACUCCACUCUUAAAAGGGAAAAGGUCAUUGAGCGUGCAUCUCUUGACAAAAUUAAAGUUCAAUUGUUUUGAAAGAUGAUGUUUACCAUGUGAACAAGGACACUUUUGUUCCUGUCGUUAAUUUAUAUUUAGAUUAUACUAUUUAAGAAUAAAAUUAGCGUAUGAUGAUGUUAAUUUUCCCAAUACAAGGAAAUGAUUCUAUUGGGAAAUGGUACUUCGAAUAAAUCAUACGAUUAUUUCAUUAACCACAUUAUUCAUAUUUUUUCAUAUAUUCUUAUGCUUUAUUUGAAUGAAUUUUCUUUGUUUGUGAUUUGCCUUUAUUAUCAUCAUCUUCAUCAUUGCCAUCAUCAUUUAGAAAAUUGAAAUUAGUUUUAGAGGAAUUUAAAACACCAUUUUGAUUUAUUUUAUUUUUUCCGUUGUGAAUAUCUAUGGGAAAAACCUAAUGGUACGCAUAUUUAAUUAUUGUAAUGAUAAUAAAGCACUAAGUAUAAAGUGUCUCGAAUUAGCUGUCAGAGAAAACCAUCAAUAUUUUAUUGCGUAGCUGUUUAUUUUGAAGAAUUGAAUUGGUAGGGAUUCAGUUAUAUAAAACUGCUUUUAGUUCAUUGAUCAUUAUUUCCUUUCUAAACACUUCAAUCAUAGCAUUCCUCAGUUAAUCUAACUUUGUAGCUGAUUAUGCUCGGGACUGACCAGUGUUGGAAUCAAUGCUUAAUCAAUGUUUGAACUAAAGCUUCCCCAAACCAGGUCCGGCCAAAUUAGGGUCAGGCUUGACAUACCUAGACCCAUCGGCUGAUGCUGUGUAUUUUCUAUGAGAUAAGAAUUUGAGGCUCUUAAAUGAACAGAGUUCUUGUCAUGGAAAGAGUCAUUCUGCCUUCUAUUUGAUUCUCUUUUAUGUGUUCUUUACAAAUAAGAUUCAUUUACUGUGCUUCUCGUUUUAUAUUGUAACAGGACAGAGACAGAAUAUGUGAGUCAGAUGCUUACUAAAAUCAAGCGUUUUGCUCAGCAUCAUUCAUGCCAUGUGUGGUUUGUUGCUCAUCCUAGACAGGUAUACACCUGUUGUCGUAUAUGGUGGGGUUCACGAUCUUGACACGAUGAUAAAAAACAUUUAUUCUUUUCUGUAUUUCAAUUUUCAGCUUCAAAAUUGGACUGGUUCUGCUCCAAAUUUGUAUGAUAUAAGUGGAAGUGCACACUUUAUGAAUAAAUGUGACAAUGGUGUGGUCAUUCAUCGCAAUCGGGAUGAAAGUGCAGGGCCUCUCGACAGUGUAAAGGUUGGACGUAAAAGCUUAGUCCGACCUUUUGUCAGCUUAAAUAAUGAUCUCGGCCAGAAUUAACAGUUUAUUUGCAGGUUUGUGUCCGAAAGGUACGGAACAAGGUUGCAGGAAAGAUAGGUGAUGCCUUUUUGUCAUAUGAUAGGUAUGUCACUUUCACCUUAAAAGGAUCACUCUGAUUUCAUUUAAUGAAGAUCUAUCUUAUUUCGGCUCUGACCAUGUACAUAGCCUAAAGUUGCAAUUUAUGUCUUCAACAUGGUUAUUCUGCUUACUAAAGACUGAAAAGUAGUUAGCUGUGGCAUGUUUAUCCUAUGAUUCGACUACCACUGUACUAGGGAACUAACAUACGAAAAGUGCAGAUAACUGCCAUGACAGCGAACAUGUUGAAUCGCAUCCCUAGAACCACGGUAGAGAAUGAACAAAAAAUUAUCAGUGGUCGACCGUGAAGAGAUAUUCUUUUAAUGUGCAUUACACGAUUUACAUGAGAAUAACCUGAAAUUUCAAAACUUUUAUAUUCAGCGCUUGCAAAUGACAGGAAGCAAGUUGAUGCUAUCAAUUUUGUUGUUUUAGUCCAUGUGCUGAAUAUCGGACGCCUAACCGCAGGGACUUGUGUUACUUAGUGUUCUUGACAAUACAAGGUAGAAAACUACAUGCCUGUUACAGGUGCCAUUGAAAAAAGAAAAAUAGCGGGAAAUGUUUGAUGGGUGUCACUGACUGUAGUUUGCCACCUUGUCAGAACACACUCCGGCCUUUCUUUAUUUCUUUUGUGUAA